AAAUAAAUGAUUUGUUUUGGAGUAGAAAAUAAAUGCAAUAGUAAUCAAUAUAUUGUUAUCACCGCAUAAUAAAGGGCAGUUCGGGGAGUGAAUUAUAUAUUAUUAUAAUUAUAAAUGUUGUGAAGAAACUGAGGCACUCAUGUGGGAAGCAAACAGGAGAUCAUCGCAUAGAUUUGAGAGCUCAUAAGUAUAUCUCUUCUCUCAUCACUUUUUGUUUUUAUUUUUUUUUUACAUAUAUAUAUAUAUAUCCAUCUAUUUCUAUAUCUAUAUAUAUGAGCGCCUAAUUCAGAUCAGGUUUAGCAGAGGAUCAAAGAGAGGUUGCUGGGCAAUACAUACUGUCCUUAUGUAUAUAUAGAAAGCAGAGAAAUAAGAGAAUAAAAAGCCUCUAGAGUCUCAACACCCACAUAUACAUAAGUAUAUAUAUAUAUAUAUAUAUAUCAUCGUCAUUAUCAAUAGUAAAAAUGGUUUCUAGGGAGCACAAGAGAUCAGCCGCAACUCUGCAUGAGAAGCUGCAGCUUCUUCGUUCUAUUACUAACUCUCAUGCUCUCAACAAAACCUCAAUCAUAGUGGACGCGUCAAAGUACAUUGAAGACUUAAAAGAAAAGGUCCAAAGAUUGAAUCAAGACAUGGAAAAUAAUGCACAAAUUACAUCUUCAAGUGAUCAUGACGAUUUUAAUGCAUUGCCUGUGGUCUCGGUGAAAACCCUAGAUAAAGGGUUUAUGAUAAAUGUGCUUUCGGAAAAGAGUUGCCCAGGUUUGCUUGUGGCCGUUUUGGAAGCUUUUGAAGAUAUGGGUCUUAACGUGCUUGAAGCUAGGGUUUCCUGUGCUGACAGUUUCCACUUACAAGCAGUAGGAGGAGAAAAUGUAGAAGGUGAAAGCAGUAUGGAUGCUGAAGCUGUGAAGCAAGCCGUUAUGAUGUCGAUUAAGAAUUGGAGUGAAACCACUGAAAAUGAUUAAUGCAAAAUGACAUGGACACGGCAUAUAUAUAUAUAAUAUUGAUCAACCUAAUCAACUUGAUCAAUAUCUAUAAUGAAUCAAUGUAUACAUAUAUAAACAUAUGUCUGGUUUAUCAUGUUAAUUUCUCUUUUGAUCGAUGAUCACCAUCACUUAAUUAAUUUUCUUUACUCUC